CAAAGCGCGAGGUUCGUCGUCCGUUCACCUUUUUGUUCUAGUCGCUUUUCUGCACUUUCCUGUAUUUGGCACGAUCACCAUGAGUUCUCACGACAUCACCAACGACGACGUCCCUCGCGCUCUGGGCAAGCCUGACCCGGGAUUGCAUGACACAAUACCGCGGCCUCUAUACACGUCUCCGACACGCUCUUCCAGCACCCUACCGCGUUUAGCUCGUUCUGUUCGCGGGGCGGAGCGAGAAAGGAUUCGGGAUAACGACUCUCCCUCGCUCUUUUCCCCAUACUAUCGGUCCCCGAUCUCCGAGUCUUCCAGUCGUCCUGGGUCCCCGAUCUCGCCGUCCAAGUCGAAGCGCGUUCCCCGUCCCCCCAACGCCUUCAUUCUCUUUCGCUCAGAUCUUGUCAGGAAUGGAGGGAUUCCGGACACGGUGGAGCGCCGGCAGCAGACGCUGAGUCGUGUGGCGGGCGAAUGCUGGAAUCUGUUAGAUCCCAUGAAGAAGCGUGAAUGGCAGGAGAAGGCCGCCAAAUUGGCCUCCGAUCACAUGCGCGAUCAUCCCGACUACCACUUCAAGCCGGCUCCUCGGGGCAAGGGCAAGUCGAAGCCCAAGUUGCCGGGCAACAACAGCGCUGACUUUGUGCGCUCGCUCCGGGAGACUUAUCUUGAUAUCCACGGACCUUCGAUCUGCUCCUCGCGGCGCAAGGGCAAGGAGGGCGAAGAGAUGGGUCAGCCAUCGCCGGGUGCCGAGUUGGUGGAUCCUUUGCACGUUCCUUUGUCCUCCCACCUUCCGGUCUACGACGUGGCAAUGGCCCCCUUCGAUGCUCCACAGACUAGCUCGUACAAUUGGACCCCUUACUCGGACGGAGGCUCGGUGCCGCCCUCGCUUUGCCCAGCCGAAUCUAUGUCGAACAACCCGCCAUUGCCGCCGUUCUUCCCUCAGCAUUCGUUCCCUCAUUUCUCUGCUCCCCGCCGCCCGUCCACCUCGAUGGGAUUUGUCCGGAGUGCUGAUCAGAGCAGGGCAGAGGCCGGAUUCGACGUAGAGCGGCCAGCGUCGGCAGCGUCUGACACCGACUUGUCAAGCCGGGUUCGGGGACUCGAUCUGUCUACUCCUGCCAUCGAUGGCAUCCCUUCAAGUCAUUUCCACUACUCGCCGGAGCACACUUUUGCUGUGCGCUCGCCGUUUCCCUUUUCGCAUCUCAACCCCCAGGCCACAUCCCACUUCUCCGAUGUCAUGGACCAUGUCAGCCACACCAACUACCCGGAGACAUCAUUCAUGCAUGACUAUCAAUAUUCCGCUGAGCUGGCGCCGCCCUUCGCCUUUGACAACUGGACCUUCGACAACGCUGGCCAUCCGAUGGUAGAAUCGAGCCAGUGACGAUCUCACGACGAAAGCCUUACGAUUUAUUCCAAUCUUUUUUAUCGUACGGCACCUCUGUAUAAUAUAACAUUUUUGUAUUCCUCUAGAGUUGUACUUGAUUGUCUUCACGCGUAGUAUCGGCUGGUUUCGAGUAUGCGUCUUUCAAUAAACGAUCGUUUCAGACACUUGUAAUGUUCGCCACUAGUUGCUCCAGCUUCUCGUCCAACACCCCAGCGGCAGCUUUGAGUUCCUCAGAUGAGUCCAACGCAAUCAAGGAUGAGGGAAGAUGGUACAGGAUGUCCGUCCCGUUCCCCUGCUGGAGAACUAGAAGUCGAUAUGGCACGUUGAGCGCCGCACGCAUAUCGUGCUUCACCAUAGUAUGCGCAAUUAGCGGAUUUCCCAGCACAUAGACCACAGCGCGAGGCGACGGUGUAUCCGAGAACAGCUGGAGCCAAUUCCCAUGGUUGAACUCGAUGAAAUGCCUGUCAAGACAUGAGGAUCCGAAUGGCCUGUGAGAUGCACACCCCACAUAAAAUCACUCGGUCCCUUCGAGGUCUCCACUCGAUUUUGGAAAUCUUCCAACGAAGUCGCUCCAAUCAGGCCGGCAGCCGCACGCUUUUCCCCGAGCGAGGCUUGUAGCGAUGCUGUGACCUGCUCAAAUGGCAGUUCAGUGCAAACGUGGACGAGUUGGAACGUAUGAGUGGUGACGGUUUUCUUCAUGGUGACGCGUACGGCUCGAAGAUGCUUUGACAGUGUGUCUUUCGAGUUACCGUAGGGGACGGAGUUCCUGGUUGGAGUCCAUCACUCAUCUGUAUAAAUAUAGUGUAGAUGAUGAUUCCCAUGCAGAAAUACAGUGAUCGGGCUGUUAUUGCUUACAUCCAGGCUUGGAGCUCGAAGUUUGAUUAUAGUAGCAGCCGG